CAUUUUCUUCUCCUCUGUCGACUGAAGCUCCCCUAAGCCACUGACUCAUCCCCUUUGAGAAAAUUGGUGACAAAGCUUGAAAUUUAUUCUUCUUUUCUUGUUAAAUAACAAGAUUUGGGGCUUAGAACUCUCUUUAAACCCAGAAAUUUCAGAUCUGCUUUGUUCUUCCCCUUUGUCUGUCCGCUGUUCUGCCGGGUGUGAAUCCUUCGGGAUUUUUGUUUUCAUGAUUCCUUCUCCGGUCUCCGUCGGCCUCCAUACCCGCCAGCUCCGGUUUUGGUUGCUGGAAAAAUUCUGGUAUGUUGAUGGCAUCUUUAAGUCCAAAAAUGGUUAACUAGUUGCUGCCUUGUGUUGUUGAAUUUAUCAAUUUGUUGCUGCCAUGUGUGUCUGAAUUUCUGCAGAAAUAUGGAAGAAUUUGGCAGCAUUUUAAACAUGUUUUUUAGCUUAAUUCAUGUAGAAAUAAACCUGUUUUUGGCUUGAAAUUAGCUGCUGUUCUGUGUGGAAAAAUCCUGCUGUUUUGCCAAAAUUUUACUGUUCACGCGCAGUUACUGUUCACGCAGGAAAAUUUGCAAUUUGCUGCUGCGUUUUCUGCAUUUUCUGCUGCAUUUUUCUGCAAACUUGCUGCUGCAUUUUCUGCACUUGCUGCUGCAUUUUUCUGCAAGUUGCUGCUGUUUUCACUGUUCACGCAGAAACAUUCGGCAUUUUCCUGCACUGUUUUUUGACCAGAAAACUCUGUAUUUUCUCCAGAAAAAUUCUGCAUUUUGCAGCAUUUUUCCUUGCUAUUGUUCUGCAUUGUUUUCCCCCAAAUUUCUUGCCAUUUACCGCAAAUUUCUGCUCCUUGCCAAAUUCUAGAAGUUGCAGUUACUGUUCACUGCGUGCACUGUUCACGUGCACUGUUCAACCAUUGAAUUUUAAUUGAUUUGAGAAGUGAAACCGGGGACGGGGAAACCACGGGAAGUGACGAGUUAGAAGGAUAGCCAUUUCGGGAUCGAUAUAGAUUUUAGAAAUAAAUCAUGUUUUGUAAGAUAGAUGUUACCUUGAGAUUUUAAGUUUAAGUCAUGCUGGACAUAGAAUUAUUGAAAUAUAUGAUUUAAGUGAUUGGAUCGUCAGAUGUGAAGUGGAUAAGUUCCGAGCCUUGUGCAUUUGUGGGACCCUCUCACGAGUGCACGGCAUCUGUCGCGCCUCGAAUUCGGGUUUUGGGGCGUGACAUCUUAAAAGACAUUCAUUGGAUAUUUAUUUGAGAUUUUAUGAGUAUUUUUAAGGGAUUUAUUAAAGAUAUUUAAGGUAUUUAUUGAGGAUUUUUAAAAUUUCAUUAUGUAUUUAUGUGGACCCUCUAGGGUAUUUAGUGGAUCUCUGCGCAAUAGGGUAUGUGUUGUGAUUAACUCCAAUACAAGUGUUGCUAGCACACAUCAGUGGACUCCAUAGCAUUGUGUGAUUUUUGUUUUAUGCAUUCUGCUUGUGACAUAAUAUUGUGAGCAUAUGGUUUUAUGAUAUAAAUUUGAGUUGAAUGUCAUUGGCUAUUCCUUGACAUGUUUGAUUGUCUGUGAACUAAUUUGUGAUAUUAAAUUACUAUUUUACUA